AGGCGCGGCCACGCACAGGUGUGGCCCUCGUCCCGCAGGAGCGCUGAAGAUAAGUCCCCACGCCGAGGCGCAGAGGAGUCACACAGAGGAGCCCCAUAUGGAAGAGAGAUGACAGCUGGUGCCUGCUAUAGUUUCACUCAGCCAAAGUCCUAAAGGAAUCACCAAAUACACCACAUACACCAGCACCUAUGCUUCAGCAUCAGAUUUAGUUCCAUUUGGCUGAAAAAAGUGUGAGAGAAAUUCUACCGUCCUGACCUGAGAGAAACAGGAAGUUCUACCGUCCUGACAGUGCCAAGCCUCGUCCACCGCACAGUGUCACCAUGAAUAUCUCCAUGGAAAACCCGUACGGUAGCGUAACCAUCCCCCGUGCCCAGCUGCGCACCGACGACAACAGCACGGUGAUCAUCAACCCCAUGGCUCUGGAGGGCAAUAACGGUGCCAACCCUUAUGACGGCGUGCCCGUCUAUGGCACGGAGGCCAAGAAUGGUACUCAGAACCCUCCGCCCUAUGGAGGCGAGGGCAACUACACGGUCAAAGAGGAUGAGGAGCAGGUCGGCCGUUGCAAUGCCUGCUGUUACCGUUGCCGUCGAAAGUGAGAUGCCAACACCUUAGGGCUUCAAGGCCCUUUGGCAGACUAUGGAAAGGACCUGGGGAUGGGGGCUUGGCCAGUGCCACCAUUUUCUCACAGACAGCUGAGUUCAAGCCACCCCAAAUGACAGUGUCUUAACAAAGAGUAUAAUUGAUUACUGUACAAAGUAUUGAUGUUAUUACCCAUGCCCCAUGCCAUGUUCCUGUUAGGACAAUGCCAUUCUUGCGAUACUCCUGUAUUGUACUGGGGUAGGGUACUAAUAAUGCUCAAAGUGCCUGGUAGAACAGCUUUAUGGCCUUACUUAAGCCCAGACCCGUCAUUGUUGUAAGUGUUUAUUUAUUGGGGUGUGGCUGGGCUGGGGAGCUGCAGUACUUUCUAGCUGUAUGGACAAGUGCACAUAGCGAGGAUUGUUGAGUUCAGCCAUUGAUUGUUGCCAUAUGUAUAUAACCUGUUACCACUGUUUCUAUCUUAUUGUUCCCAAACAAAAGAGAUUGGAGUACUGUGCUCUCCAGUUUCAGUGAAGGUAACUUUUUCAGAAAUGCAAAAAGAAUGCAAGACCUUUGGGUCUGAAGCUAAAGAAUGAAGGAAUUUGAAAGCCUCAUGGUUUCUGGGUGUCUUGAUGGAUGAGUUCCUCCGGUUAACCACACCCCAGUCAUUGAAAUCAAACCACAGUCACAUCCACCCUCUCCAGGGACGCAUGCAUUCCCCUGUCCUUACAAGGAUGAUAACCCUCCUGAAGGGACUCGAGGAAGGAAGACCCACACACUAGACUGCCUUUUGUGCUCCAUCACUGAAGCCUCAGACUGUUGCCCUACCUGGAAUUCAAUUCAAAAGAAGGGCAACGUCUACGUGUUUGGAGAUACUGGUGGGGCCAUUCACAACAACUUGAGUAAUUGUUCAACUCAAUAUAAGUUAUGUUAUAAUAAAAGGAUAUGAGAAUA